GUUCGUUUGUUCGAUUAAUUCGAAAAUUUUAUCAGUUUUUCGAAAUGGCCCGUACUAAGCAGACCGCUCGCAAAUCCACCGGUGGCAAGGCGCCCCGCAAACAGUUGGCCACCAAAGCCGCUCGCAAAAGUGCGCCGGCCACUGGAGGAGUCAAGAAACCCCAUCGUUAUCGUCCCGGCACCGUCGCCCUUCGUGAGAUCCGUCGCUACCAAAAGUCGACCGAGCUUCUCAUCCGCAAGUUGCCAUUCCAGCGCUUGGUCAGAGAAAUCGCCCAGGAUUUCAAGACCGACUUGCGUUUCCAGAGCUCGGCCGUCAUGGCCCUGCAGGAGGCCAGCGAGGCUUACUUGGUGGGUCUUUUCGAAGACACCAACUUGUGCGCCAUCCACGCCAAGCGAGUCACCAUCAUGCCAAAAGACAUCCAGCUCGCUCGCCGUAUUCGUGGUGAACGUGCCUAAGCGACUUUUAAAAUCCCUUUUGACUUAUCAAUCGGCCCUUUUCAGGGCCACCAUUUACUAUAGAAAAAGAUUACCAAUCAACCAUUGUUUUCAUUUCAAUAUUCUUGUAAAUCUUUCUUACCGUCAAAGAUUGAUGGGAAUGGCCUAAAAUAAAGAAUACUCUAAUCAUCA